AUGGGGAAAUCCGAUUUUCUUAGCCCCAAGGCCAUUGCUAACCAUAUCAAAUCCAAGGGGCUCCAGAAGCUGCGGUGGUAUUGCCAGAUGUGCCAGAAGCAGUGCCGAGAUGAGAAUGGUUUUAAGUGCCAUUGCAUGUCAGAGUCUCAUCAGAGACAGCUCCUUCUGGCUUCUGAAGAUUCUCAGCAAUUUAUGGAUUAUUUCUCAGAGGAAUUUCGAAAUGAUUUUUUAGGACUGCUUAGAAGACAAUUUGGCACAAAGAGAGUCCACAACAACGUAGUAUAUAAUGAGUAUAUCCGUCAUCGAGAGCAUAUCCAUAUGAAUGCCACCCAGUGGGAAACUCUGACUGAUUUUACCAAGUGGUUAGGCAGAGAAGGUUUCUGCAAAGUAGAUGAGACACCCAAAGGUUGGUAUAUCCAGUAUGUUGACAGAGACCCAGAAGCUAUCUGUCGACAACAAGAACAGGGGAAAAAAAGGAAGCAAGACCUUGAUGAAGAAAAAACUGCCAAGUUUAUUGAAGAACAAGUGAGAAGAGGUUUGGAAGGAAAAGAAAAAGAACAGCAAUGGCCAGUUUUCACCGAAUUAAACAGGGAAAAUGAUGAUGAAAAAGUUGCAUUUAUUUUGAAUAAAGGAGCAAAUACUUCAGGAACUUCUAAAACAAGUUCUUUGGGUUUUAGCGCUUUGACUGCAGCCUCAGUGAAACGGAAAGAAUCAGCCCACAGUUUAUCUCAGUCAAAAGAAAAGAAGAAGAAAUCUGCCCUUGAUGACAUCAUGGAGCUUGAAGAACAAAAGAAAAAAAGUGCUCGAACAGAUGAUUGGCUGCACCCUGAAAUUACUGUGAAAAUUAUAACCAAAAAACUUGGAGAGAGAUAUCAUAAGAAAAAGGGAGUUGUCCAGGAAGUAAUUAACAAAUACACAGCAGUGGUAAAGAUGAUCGAUUCUGGAGACAAAUUGAAACUUGACCAGACUCAUUUAGAGACAGUCAUACCAGCACCAGGAAAAAGAGUUUUGGUUUUGAAUGGAGGCUACAGGGGAAAUGAAGCAACUCUAGAGUCCAUCAAUGAGAAGAUGUUUUCUGCCACUGUCAUGAUUGAGACUGGCCCUUUAAAGGGUCGAAGAGUUGAAGGUAUUCAAUAUGAAGAUAUCUCUAAACUCACCUGA